AUGUCAACAUCAUCGCCGGCCAUGCAGAAGCUGGUGGAUAAACAUCCCCUUCAGCGGCUUCGGUCACCGUCUCGAGGACUCUCUGCCCUUGUACAUUUUCUGGGUCUCUCAAGCUUUAUGUCCUCGUUUCAAUACCUCGUCGUACAUCCAAAUUACAUCAACGACUCCUACGGCUGGCACUUCCAGUACCUAACCAUCAUCGGCCUGACCCUCGCCACCGUCACCUUCCUCACCGCCUCCCUCGCCGACAUCACCAUGUCCCCGACCCUCUUCCUGACCAAAAACCUUCUCAGCAUGACCUCCGCCCCGCUCGAGGUCCUAAUCUCCACCCUCUACUGGUCGCUCCGGCUCAUCGACCCUGCCCUCGUCGUCCCGCCCGAACUCGAACUCCCCCUCUUACCCGAUCUGGGCUUUCACGCUGUCCCCUCAGCGCUUCUCGCUAUUGAUCUGUUGUUUUUGAGCCCGCCAUGGACGAUCACGGCGUUACCCGCCAUCGGCGUAAGUGGCGCCAUUGCAUUUGCGUAUUGGUUCUGGCUGGAGGUUUGUUAUGCCCGGAACGGGUUUUAUCCGUAUCCACUUUUUGCAAUUUUAAGUACGAGUCAGAGGGUGGGGUUGUUUUGUGGGAGUGCGUUGUUGAUGGCUGGAAUGACGGUUUGUUUGAAGCGGCUAUACGGCAGACUUAAUGGCUUUGGGGUUAGGGGUUCUGUGAGCGAGAGGCCGGGGAUGGUCAAGGGAUAA